UGCCCAUCGUUGGUAUCAGUUGGAGGAAUCAUGUCCCAUCGUUGGUGUCAGUGGAUCUUUGGUAAUCCCCAUCAUUGGUAUCAUGGGAGGAAUAGUGCCCAUCAUUGGUAUCAAGUGGGAGAAUAGUGUCCCAUCAAUUGGUAUCAGUGGGAGGAAUAGGUGCCCCAUCAUUGGUAUCAGUGGGAGGAAUAGUGCCCCAUCAUUGGUGUCAGUAGUGAGGAAUAGUGCCCCAUCAUUUGUGUCAGUGGAGGAAUAAGUGCCCCAUCAUUGGUGUCAGUGGGCAGGAAUAGUGCCCCAUCAUUGGUAUCAGUGGGUGAAAUAGUGCCCCAUCAUUGGUGUUCAGUUAGAGGAAUAGUGCCCCAUCAUUGGUGUCAGUUGGAGGAAUAG